CGUGCAAGGAAGAUAGUAAUAGCGGGUUCGGGAUGGAUCCUCGGCCGUGACCCUCUGGUAGUGUAGGUGUUCCCCGAACUACGUUCACAGUUCUGAAGCCCCCCAACGAUGAACCAGGUGCCUGGAACACGGUAGAUGGCCAUCACCGAUUGCGGCAGAUUACUCCACCAGGGCAGAAGGGCAAAUAUAACGGAUAGAGUAUCAUCAAAUUGGGCCCCUGGCGAACGUCUUUCCCGACACGGCAACCGACUCGCGGGCGGGUUGGGUGACGGGUCGAGAGAUUCAAUGCCGGGUAAGGAUGACCCCCGUAAGAACCAUCGCGGUUCCCCGCAGGGUUUACACUGGCACAAGCUCUAUCGUCCAGUUGACGGGGCGCCAAAGCAUGCUGAGGCACGCGAGCCUCGGGAACUUUGGCGUGGUCUUAGCGUGCUAUGGCGUGCCACGUUCCUUUGACGAUUUGGGUUGCCUGGAUAAUGGAUUAGCAGCAAUUGACAGGCCUUUGUCUGGUCAGAGAUUGCUCCAAGAGGCGUCGCGCUCAUGGCUAAUUUACAGAUAUGAGGCUGAAAUGCCAAGG